CCCUUGCCCGCGUCUCGCCUCCCCGGGGCUCCGGAAGGGAAGGAGGCGUGUCCAGAGCAGGCGGGAGGGAUCUAUAUAAAAGCGCUGGCAGCGCGGUGGCCCGGGCUUCACUCGCUGCCUCGCGCUGGGACCGGGAGCGCUGCGGGAAGCACGGGCCGUAGAGAGGGCGCUGCGCUCGGGCUGCCCAAUGCUCGGACUAUCUGCCGCCGCUGCUCGUGCAAUAUGCUGGAGCCCCAGAACAGCUAAACGGAAUCGCCACACCGCUGCUUGGGCUGGAUCGCAGCGCUGCCUUUCCUUAUGAAGAAGACACAAACUUGGAUUAUCACUUGCAUUUAUCUUCAACUGCUCCUGUUUAAUCCUCUGGUCAAAACUAAAGGGAUUUGUGGGAAUCCUGUGACUGAUAAUGUAAAAGACAUCACAAAAUUGGUGGCAAAUCUUCCAAAAGACUAUUUGAUAACCCUCAACUAUGUCACCGGGAUGGACGUUUUGCCUAGCCAUUGUUGGUUACACGAGAUGGUAAUACAGUUGUCAGUCAGCCUGACUAAUCUUCUGGACAAGUUUUCAAAUAUUUCUGAAGGCUUGAGUAAUUAUUCUAUCAUAGACAAACUUGGGAAAAUAGUGGAUGACCUUGUGGAGUGCGUGGAAGAAAACUCACCUAAGAAUGUAAAAGAAUCAUCUAAGAGGCCAGAACCCAGGCUCUUUACUCCAGAAGAAUUCUUUAGAAUUUUUAAUAGAUCCAUUGAUGCCUUCAAGGACUUUAUGGUGGCAUCUGAAACUAGUGAUUGUGUGGUUUCUUCAACAUUAAGUCCUGAGAAAGAUUCCAGAGUCAGUGUCACAAAACCAUUUAUGUUACCCCCUGUUGCAGCCAGCUCCCUUAGGAAUGACAGCAGUAGCAGUAAUAGGAAAGCAGCAAAUUCCAUUGAAGACCCCAGCCUGCAGUGGGCAGCCAUGGCUUUGCCAGCAUUCUUUUCCCUUGUAAUUGGCUUUGCUUUUGGAGCCUUAUACUGGAAGAAGAAACAACCAAAUCUUACAAGGGCAGGAGAAAAUAUACAGAUUAAUGAAGAGGAUAAUGAGAUAAGUAUGUUGCAAGAAAAAGAGAGAGAGUUUCAAGAAGUGUAAUUGUGGCUUGUAUCAACACUGUUACCUUCAUACAUUGGCUGGUAACAGUUCAUGUUUGCUUCAUUAAUGAAGCAGCUUUAAACAAAUUCCUAUUCUGUCUGAAGUGACAGACCUCAUCUUUAUCUGUUCUUGCUACCCAUGGCUUUAUAUGGAUGAUUCAGAAAUUGGAACAGAGUGUUUUACUGUGAAACUGGCACUGCAUUAAUCAUCUAUAAAGAAGAACUUGCAUGGAGCAGGACUCUGUUUUCAGGACCUGGGGGUCUUAUAGUCUCAUUCAGAACUUGCAAGUGAUGACGGGCAAGAAAGCAUGUGUCCCAGUUUGCAGGCACCAUUUGCAUGCCUCCAGGAGUGUCUAAGUGCUGAGAAACCGCACAGCUUUACUCUUCAGUUACCGCCUGAAGCCUAUAGUCAUUCUGGUCUCUGCAAGUAGAUGUCAGCCAAGAUAGUUGGGGGAAUACAUUUUUUUCUAAAAGGGAUCUAGAAAACUAUUGGGAAAAAAAAAAAAAAAAAGAGAGUGAGAAAUCAGUAGCA